UCUACGCGCAAAACAUGUCAAUAUAGGCGUACUGGAUCCGAAACAAUCAACGCGUACAGCAAAACGUUUCAAUGUUAGCGCAGCAUCAGUUUCAACUCAGAAUAAUCCUCAAAUUUCAGCUAUUUUAUUAAAACAAUCCAUCAUGUAUCAAUUUGCAAAAAAUUUAAAUCGAGCAGAUUAUGAACAAAUUGUUCAAUUUGCACUUACAGAUUAUUCAAAUCAUGUGAAAGGUUACAUUCCACGUCCACGUAUGAUAUUUGAUGAAAUGGUCGAUACUCUUGUUGAGUUUGCUAUA